UACGUAGCAUUAUUUUAUUUCAAAACAAAUACAUUAAUUUAAGUAUACAAGCCAAUAGACUGACUUUAAAAUGUAGGUCAUCAUCUCGCUCUUAACUGGUAGUAUUAAUACUUCCUAACAAAAAUUCCUCCACCGAUUUCUUUUCCAUAAAUACCUGAACACGAAGCAAUUACAAGUAAAACAAUUAGAAGUAAAGGACAUUGGAGCCGGAUCGACUUCCUGUCCCACGAAACUCUUUAGUGUUCAGAAAGUUGUUAAGGUAUUUGUGGCGCCAAACGUUUGAACCGGUCUGCAUUGGAGGGAGUGCUUUAUUUACAUUAACGAGAUUUGGAAUGUGCCAAGCUCAAAGCAGGAAGAUUCUGACGUUGGUUCUUAUCCGAGAGUCAAGUCGAGUGCUACUUGGUAUGAAAAAACGUGGUUUUGGCAAAGGCAACUGGAAUGGCUUUGGAGGUAAAGUAAAAGUUGGAGAAGAAACCAUUGAAGAUGGAGCCAAGAGGGAAUUACUUGAAGAAUGUGGUCUGGUAGCACCUUGUCUUGAUAAAAUUGGAGAGCUAGAUUUUGAAUUUUUGGGAAAUCCUGAAAUUAUGGAAGUUCAUGUAUUUAAGACUGAUUCUUUUGAAGGAAUUCCUGCAGAGAGUGAAGAAAUGCAUCCACGUUGGUUCAGCAUAGAGCGGAUCCCUUAUCAUCAAAUGUGGCCAGAUGACAAGUACUGGUUUCCUCUCUUUUUAAAAGGUUCAUGUUUCAAAGGACACUUUCUGUUUGAGGGCUUCAAUAAAAUAAUUUCUCACAGCUUAAAAGAAGUUGAAACUUUUAAAAAUAAUGAAAUUGAUAGUAUUGUACAACAGAUACCUCAUUAAAACAUUUUUUGACAAAUUUAAA